UCAGCAUUUUGAUUCCCCACUUCGACCCUUAAAAGGGGUGUCUUCCUUCUCUAUAUUCACACAGACAUCCCAUCAUUCAGAAGUCUAGUCUCUAGUCAAUACCCAUGGAUCAACAGUCUCCAAAAUGCCCAUCAACACCCUCACAAGAAACACCCCCUCCAAUUCACCCACUUCGGAUGAAUUCUCCUACUCCGGCCGGCAGCUCUGCUAAAAUUGUCACCCCUGAUCGUCUUAUGGUCCCAAAAGCAUUCAAAUAUCCUGAAAUGUAUAAAAGCCCAACUGAUCAGAUUAUGUCCCCUGUUUCCAAAGGACUUCUUGCUAGAACCAAGUCUAAGAAGUCAUCUGGCCUCUUACCACCCUCAUCUACUAGAAAUCAACAACACAAGAUUCAAGCUUCCAAGUUCCAAGAUCCGGCUGCUAUUAUAACUUGAUGGGUUUCAUUUUAGGAUGAAGAGGGUUUAUAGAACUUGAAAUCUUGUAUUGUUUAAAUGGGUUUGAAAUCUUAUUGUAUUUGAUUCGAUCUUGAACCAUUUCUAAAGGAUAUAAAGUUUAUUGCUUUUGGUCUCU